GCUAGAGCUCAUUUCGAGACGGAACGUGAAGUAGUGUGGUCAUACUUUAAUAUUUGCGGAAAAAUUAGUGUUACUCGCUUUUACAAAGAGAGAGCAUAGUUUCAAAGAAAUCACAAUUAUUUAAAUAAAGUAAACAAAUUGUGCACUAAAAAAUAUAAAAAAUUAGAAACAAAGAAAUUUCGUAUAAUUGAAAUUGUUAUAAAAAAUAUUUAUUUAUAUAAAAAGAAAAAAAACUAAAAAUUGAAGUCACGCUGACUAAAUAAGUAAAAGAGAAGCAGCUACACAGCCAGACAAAUGAAGCUGUUCAUAUACAGAAGAGUGCACUUGGCGUGUAUAUGCAUAUAGUGCUGUGUGUGUGUACGUGUGUUUGUAAGCGGAAUAUUAAUAUCGGUAGUGCUGCAAACGUCGCCGCCGUCGAAAUCGCUUCGGUUGUCGCAAAGUCGCAUUAGCAACACUGCUAACGUUUGAAAGAGCACAAAUACAUGUGCCGCGCAUGUACAUACAUAUGUAUAUAAAUAAGUGUGUGUAGCGCCUCUCGUAUAACGCCAGGGUGCUUGUGCGUUGAUAAUAAUUUUUCGGAGUAUUCGAAAUACGGUUGUCACGUUUUUAGACGGCAGACAGCCAGCGUUACCUUUGACGUUUCAUUUUACCGAACUGCCUACGGUAUCUGUGUGUGUGUGCACAAACACAACAAAAGUAACAACAUCACAUACAUGUAUGAGUGUAUGUUGUAAUGCGCGGGUAUAAAAAAGCAGAGUAAGCGAUAAAAGUGUACUUAAAGCAAAGUAGUGGAAAAUGAAUUGAGGAAGCAGAAAAAAGUGCAUUAGUGCUGAUAUUAUACAGUGUACAAAGAAAGGAAUAAGAAAAAAGUGUUUGAAAACUACUGCAAGCGCACAACAAAUGUUUGUAUGUGUAUAAAUAGUAAAUUUCGAAGCAGAUUAAAAUAAAACCUGCAAAAAGUGUUGAAAACCAGAACAAUCGUGCUUAAUGAAUGAAUAAAAAUGCAUAAUUCAUGCGAUUAAUUGGUGAAAUUAAAAGGUUAAAGUUUGAAUUGAAUUAAAAAUACAAAUAAAUAUAUUUGAAACUACCACAAAUUGGAUUACAACUGGAUAUUGCACACUCUAACUUGGAGAAAUAACAUAUAUGGAUAACCCUAUACGCAAUCAGCCUGAUAACGUAUUAUCUAAACUCCUCUGUAUUCAUUACGUACAGAUUAGUGCUCGUAAAGCUACAUUGGCACUCCGUUACAAUUAGCGCACACGUUCAUCGUGUUCAUUAAAGAUUUUAUUUUUCACGUUCUUUUGUGGGUGACAGUAAGCAACAAUGUCACCAGUGCCGGGAGCCACAACAGUGAUGGGCACUGGUCUCGCACCACCUCCCACAGCUCCAGCAGCAACACUUGUUACAACAGCAACAACUACGACAAGUGUGGCCAUCACAUCGACCUCGCAUAGUCGCGUUCCAGCAGCGAUGUCCUCGCAACAACAAAGUUCACAACAACAACCACCGCCGCGAACGCAGCAUUGCAGUGACAAUGGCAAGGUGGACAACAAGAGCAAGCAUCACUUUAAUAACAACAACAACAUAAAAAACAAUAACUGUAAUAACAACAUGUUGGCGCAAAGUCAAAAUAAAAAUAAAAACAGCAACAACAAUAAGUUAACUAUGCAACACAAUGGUGGCAUGCAUUCGGCGAGCGUGGAAAGUGUGCGCCAAAUGAAGCAGCAACAACAACAACUGCAACAACAAACGAACAAAAAUACCAACAGUGACAACAAGGCUAAAGAUAAUGAUAUGCAAAAGCACACAAAUACAACGACAAACGUGUCCUUCACCCAUGCCACCAGCAGCACAACGAAUGCUGCCGUUAAUGGCGCAACAGCCAAAAGCGUGAACAACACGCAAUUCUCCUCGCCUGUUGGUAAUGUUGUUGGCACGUCGUCAUCGUCGCCGCAGUCGUUGUCGUCGUCGCAGUUGUCGCCUGCGCAAACUAAUUGCAGCACUAAAUCACCGACGAUGAAGACGACUACAAUGCCACAGCAGCAGACAUCCUCCGCCGCCACCACCGUCUCGUCCCCAUCGUCGACGAUAACGAAUCCGUUGGCCUUGUCGGCCAUCACAAGUAAUGGUGCCACUUCAACACCAGAAGCAGCUGCUGCCGCAGUAGCAGUAGCAACAGCAACAGCAGCAGUAGAAGCUGCAACAGGCACAAUAAAUGCGAAGACAAUAAUAAAAUCAACAAUUAAUCAAAAUGGUGUGGAAAUAAAAGAGGAAUGCGAUCCACAACAAGUGAUCGUCAAGGUGGAGGAGACAACACCAAUUGUAACCGGAACAACACCAACAACAACUGCGCAAAUCUCAACAACUACUGUUAAUCAAGUGGCAACGCCUCCUACAACGACAACAAAUCAAAAGGAUACAACAGCUGCGAUUGCGGCUGCGGCGCCGGCGGAAGCUAGCAAGAAAGCUGCUGGCCCACCACUCGUUACCGCCGACGAUGCGUCUGCGGAUAAUCUGAUUGUGGAUAAGCCGCGCAAAGUACUAUUGAGCGUCAUGAAUCCGCAUAUAAUUUGUCACUUGUGCACUGGUUAUCUCAUCGAUGCCACAACCAUUGUGGAGUGUUUGCAUUCGUUUUGCCAUAGUUGCCUAAUCAAACAUUUGCGGACUGAACAGUACUGCCCACGCUGUGAAAUGAUGAUAAACACGGCCAAGCCAAAUAUAAAACCCGAUACGACGUUACAAGCCAUCGUCUACAAGCUUGUACCCGGUCUCUACGAACGAGAAUUAAUGCGAAAACGCGCCUUUUACAAAGAUCGCCCGGCAGAUGCCGCUAUAGCUACACCGGAACAACGUGGCGAAGACACCGAACACCUCAUCUUUAGUCCCUCGGACUGUAUGUCCUUGUCGCUGGAGUUCGCAGAUACAGAUGAACUUGUGCGUCAGAAGAGCGAUUACGGUGAAUUUUUGAAGCCACGUUACCUGCAGUGUCCCGCUAUGUGCACUGUUGGACACUUGAAGAAAUUCGUACACGGGAAAUUCGAUAUCGAUUCGCAGCGUUUCAACAUUGACAUCAUGUACAAGGUGAAGACUAUUGUACUGCUCGAUCACUACACGCUCAUGGAUGUUGCUUAUAUUUACACGUGGAAACGUGAUGCACCAAUGCGUUUCUAUUUUCGUGUAAAACGUUCUUUGCGUCCAAUUGUGAAGACACGUAAACCGGCAGCCAUAAUGCCUGUAGCAGCACCAGAGACGGUAGAAAUUAAGGAUGAGGUUAUUGAUGCAUCAAUUACGGCGAAUUCACCAAAAAUUGCCGGUAACGAAGUUACGCAAACUAUUUCACCUACGCCCGAUGCUAUGACAAUAAUUCCGAAACCAGUUGUGUCGGCCUUAACAAAUAACAAUCAACUGAUUAUGACGCCGGAACAUAUUAAGGAAGAGGAAAUCGAAGAGGCUGAAGAAUUAAGAGCUAAACCGAUUGUUGAAGCAGUCGUUAAACCGCCAAAGCCAGCUAAGGUUGCAAAAACUUCUGCCGUCAGCUCAAGUACAGAGGGUAAACGGUCACAAUCAAACUCUGCGGCUGAACGUAAAGCCGAGAAAGCAUUGAAUGCGCAAUACUCGCACAACUCACCGAAAUCAUCCAAAGAGAAACGUGAGGCUAAAGAGGCAUUAAAGCAAGCUGCUGAACAACCACGUGAUGAGCGCAAAGUCGAAAAUAUUAAAUUGAAGAUUGAUUUAUCGAAGCAUAAUAGUGUGACAAUUAUAAAUAUGUCCGAUCCGCAACGUCGUGAGAUUACCAAGUCUGUGCGUCCUGAAAAGGAGUGGAAGCUGAAAAAUAAACGUGACAAAGAGUCCAGUCCCAAAAAUUCACCCAACAGUGAACGCAAAAGUAAGACUCCUAGUCCACUAACGGUACCGCCACUGACAAUAAAGGCUGAACAAAUUAGUCCAUUAACGAAAAAUCACCCCAAGUCAACUGAAACAUCGCCUGUGGCUGCCCCAACUAAUGAGGAGGAGCAAAAGUCACAGUUCCUCAAGUCAUUUGCGCUGACACCGAUCAAAGCUGUCAAAAACGAAACAAAUGAUAAAUCUCCAAAGUCGCCGAAAAGUAACAGUUCGUUUACACAUAAGGUUGUGAUUAAGUCGCCAACAAGUAGCGCUCGCGAUCCGCUGAAAACAACAAUCACCACCGUUUUCAAAGGACCCGCCUUGCCGUCUAAACGCAAAAUUAAGGAACCUGUUAAGAAUGUGGCCAAGAAGCCAAAAUUGUCACCGCCACUCCCGGCUGAAGACUUCAAAAUUAAAUUGCCGCCAAGUCCGAUUGCCAACGCAGCGAAACCAAAUUCAUCCCCUAUCGCUAAGCCGCCUACUCCGGGGCACGAAAAACCUCUUAUGCCUCCACCAAAAACCAUUAACAACACAUCGUCUCCCACAACUUAUGUAGCUGCCACAAUAACAACGACCACGCCAAAUGCAAAAACUAGCCAAGUUACUUCGACAACUAGCAGUCAAGCAAUUAUGCGUCCACCAAUUGGUCUGCCGCCAAAAAAAGUUUCCGGUAAAAUGAGUGCUUCCGCAGCGCAUAAAAUGAAUUCCCUACCAUUGCUGCCGUCCAUGACACGUAUUGAGAUGGCUGCUCCUGGUAAUCGCACACCGAUUGCGAAGCGCUACCAACCUAUUCUGCCAAAGUCGACACGUCCCAAUCCGUUCGCGAACAUUCCCAGUGACGUCAAUAAGCUACUGAAGGAUGCAGGCACCGAAAUUAAAUCAAUCGCCAGCAAUACAAAGUCAACCGCGAAGGUGUACGGACCAAAGACCAUCGCAAGUGGCACAACAAUCACCGCCGACAAUAGUCUGAUGGGACCACCGCCUGCGCCGAUAACCAAACAACAGUCUCAAAAUGUGAAUCAACCACGUCAUGGUAUGGCAAGUAAUGCCAACAAAUUGGGCGCAAAGAAUGGCAAAACCAGUAAUUCGAAUAAUUAUUUGAACCUGGCGCUUUUUAAUGCAUCAAAGUCCAAAGGCAAUGAAGCGCCACCCGGUUGUCGUACCCCUAUGUACACGCCAAGCUCGCCAAUAUACUCGCCAAGCUCUCCGCAGUAUAUGCCGAACUAUAAUAUACCCACAGUUCCAACUUACAAGUACACACCACGUCCAUCUGGCGGCAGUGGUAGCUUUUUGCAAAGUAUAUUGGGGGGUGCGAACAAUCAAAUGGCGGGACUGUUUCCGGCGCCACCCACCAUGAAGGAUAAUGCUAGUAUUGGCAUGAAUUCAGGUGCCACGAACGGUAAUAGCUCGCCCUCUCACAACGCUAAUUAUAAAUCGAUGGAUAUUGGUGGUGGUCAACAGCAAGGGCCCAAACGUGUUUAUCCAUUCGCACGUAGCCCCAGUCCAGAAGAUCCGCCAGAAAAACAAUUAAAAGUGAAAUCAUUGCUCACUUCCUGUAACAUUAACAUUCCAUCAUCACUCUCAAUCACCAUCACACGAGAAGAUAGCGAAUCGCAGACCAAUAAUGCCUCGCAUCCAAAACAUAAAAGUCCUGUGAAUAAUUACAUCGAGAUCCUAAAGUUGCCUGAUCAGUCAAGCGAGACUGUGGAGCAAAGCAAACGCGCCUCACCCCCGGCGCAGAAGUUACCACCGACUCCACACGCCUCUUCGCUAAAGCUGCUUAUGCCACCAACGCCGAAUGCUACUACAACAAGCUCGCCUGUAAAACGUGACAACACCGAGGGAAAAUCCACAAAUUAUGGCACCACAACUUUGGCACAAAUUACACAAAAACCACAAAGUAAUGCGCCAAAGUCACCAUACAACACCACUUCGAAUAGCGCGAAUAAAACACAAAUAACCGCACAAAACUCGGCUGCAAAGUCAUUACAAUCGAAUUCUGCCCAGAUGAACCAAAAACAUGCGAACGAAAAUAACCAUCAAAAGUCGAACAUGAAGGUGGCGGAGCCACUGAAGUCACCGCAAUCGGAACAGCAAAAAUCGGGUGCAGAGAAGAAAUCGCCCAUGCAAAGCCCCGAUAAAAAUAACUCGUCACCAAAUGGCAAAACCACACACAAGUCGCCAAGUAACUCUAGCGGUAUGGAUGCGAGCAAAAAGUUCCGACCAAUUUUGCCUCGACAAAAUCCUGCGUCUGCCAUAUCAGAAAUCAUACCACCUAAGGUAACGACUGGCAACAUUAUCGGCACUUAUUCGGCGCCAAGUGGUGUAGCGGUAAAGGUUCACGCGGCUAAGAAAGUGACGCCACCUAAAAAAUCACCAGGUGCACAACAACACCAACAACAGCAGCCACAACCACAAGUGGCGCAUCAGCAGCCCAAAAAUGGACAAUCGCCGAACGCAUUAAGUGCUGCGAAACCCAACGUACCACAGUCCAACAAAUCCCCCUCACCCGCACACCAGUCGUCAUCUAAGUUGACAACGAAUGCUACGGCUGAUACCACGCCCCAACCGAUAUCUUCUCCGAACGCCGCUAACUCUAACGCCACCAACAAGCUGAUCCAUGCACCACACCCCAGCAUGCCACCGACUAUGCCAACACUGCCGACUCUACCUGCCAUGCCGAACAUGCCACCCACUGCGCUUCAAGUUGCCGCCAUGGCCGCUGGGCUGCCCGGUAUGCCUUCGCACUUGGGCGGCGUUGGCGCUGCCGAUUUCAGCAAGCUAUUCAAGGAUAAUCUCCUGCGCGCACAAGUGCAAGCGGCAGCGGCUGCCGCCCAACCCGGCGGCAUGUUCUACCAAUACGCGAACGCGCAACAACUGAGUCACCACUACAGCUACCAGCAGGCCUUCAUGCUAGAGCAGUUGACGCGCAUGCAACGCGCCGAGGCAUUGAGUGAGUUCAUGCAAAAGUUGAAGAACGGCCCAGCCGAUAAACCGUUAGAUAAUAACCCAGGCAGCGUAGGCGGCGGCAAAGCGCUUGCGGUCCCAGGUCCGAAAGCGUCACCAGUUGCGACAACUAGCGCCAGUGGCAGUGUAACCUCAAAGUCUAGCGCGGGCAACACCAACACCAACAACACGACUACCGUUGUCAAUAGCAACAGCAACAACAACGGCGGCGCAACUGCGACGAAGGCCAAAUGAAAAUGAAUGUACGGACGAAGGUGGAGAUGCACUUGGAGAUGAAUGAACUCCACCAAACAGCGUUUAUGGAAUUCAAUUCCCGCUGUGUGCGUGUGUGCGUUUGGCGGUACGCCUCAUCAUUAAAAGAAAACACAUUUCAAAUGAAAUAAAUUUAAGUUUACGAGUACAUUGUUAUACUAAAAAUGUGUGUGUGUGCAUACAUACAUACAAACAUAAACACACACAUAUAUCUUCGUUUAGACAUUAGUAAUACUUUAAUUAAGCAGUAAGUUGAAAACUAUUUCUGUUUAAACUGGUUCUUGUUUUUGUUAUCCACUAUAUAUUCGCUUAUUUAUUAUAUUAUUAAAUGCUAAAAGAUUAUCGCAGCAAUAUGAAUGACACAUACAUACAAUACAUACUUACAUGCGAGCUGUGUAUGCCCG